GGGCUUCAUCUUUUUACUGCUCGUCGUACUGGUUGUCGUCCAUGCCGUCAGUUUUUGUCAUACCCGCCUCUCUUGCGCCUUGUCCUUUAAGGACAUUGACAUCUAUCUGGCUGAGUGAUUGCGAAGUUUGAUUUGAGAUACGAUUUGCGCUUUUGCGCCACAGCCGGUGGGUGGUGAAUUUCUAAUGUGACGCUGUUUUUCGGACGGAUUGAGCCUCAACGCCGAGAAGUAGCUCGUGAAAGGUUAUGCUCGAGGAGUGCCGAGCGUUCAUACGAGCAGGACAUGUGGGACAGAUGAAUUUGCGUUGUAUUUGAGAAGCAACAUUGGGGUGGGAAGACUUAUAAGCAGAACGGACUUGAGUUCGGGAGAUGGAUCUACUUGCCAACUAUGGGUCUGAUGGGGAGGACGAGGAUUCGACCGAAGUUUCCGUUGCCGUGUCUAGUCACUCUGGCAGCAAGAGCUUGUUCUCUCUGCCACCUCCAAAGGCUUCUGCUCAGGCUGUGAAGAGCAAUGGCUCUCAUUUCAGAUCUUCUGUUGCACGCAAAGCUGAACCAACCUCUCUUCCCUCGGACUUUUUUGGGGACUCGUCCACACUUUAUGGAGAAGAGACAUCUUUUGAGGCCAAGGAGAAGCCUUCGUCUUUGUUCACGAAAUUGCCUCCACCUUCUUCAACAAGAUUUUCUCUUGCAAACUUGCCCCCUCCCUCGACAUUAAAGAAGAAGACGGUGGAAUUUAAGCCACCUAUUAAUUUGUCUGCUUUAGAAUCUACAGAUGAAGAUGAUAUAAACCGUAGGACAAAACGGUCCAAAGUAUCUGAAGCUAGCAAAACGGGGCCGGAAGGCAAAGUUGGAGGAUUAGCUGCUUUACUUCCACCCCCAAAGAAUAGCUUAGGAGCAGGGUUAGCGUUUGGAGGUGGCGGUGGAGGUUCAGGAGGACGCCGUACGGCUAUGGAAACCGCUUCUGUCUCAACGCCAACGAAGGAACUAAAUUACACCAGGCCAAAUACAUCACAAGCAGGACCGCAGCUUAUGGGAAGUUCUUCUGAAACUCAAGUGACAGUAAAUCCAAAUACUCAAUACCAUUAUUCUGCUCAGCCAGGUCAAGGUCAUAGCGCUCCAGAAAAUGUCUACUCUCAAACAGAAUUACGGACACCGGAAGGACAUUUUGCCCAAGAGCAGUAUACUGCUGCCGCAGCCUAUUUUACCGGGCCCCAGCAAAGUCAUUCAAGCUGGCAAUAUGCAGAUUCUUCUGGAGUUGUGUCAGAGCCUUCGUCUGUAAAUUCAGUCCCAGAUCCUCUUGCGGAAGUUUUGCAGAGGGAGAGGAGGAAGGGGAAAAACGAGCCACCACCGCAGGUUAUAGAAGUGAAGCAAGCAGAUCUCACUGCGGGAAGACAUCGAGAAGAUCAGCUUCGAACCACGGGCAUUGCUUUUGGGCCUAACUAUCAGCCUGUAUCUUCAGGUAAAGAUAAACCAUCGAAGAUUCAUCGAAGGAAGCAUCAGAUUGGGGCACUUUAUUUUGACAUGAAGUCAAAAGAGAUGGAGAUGCUUGAUCGUCGUUCCAAAGGCAACCUAACCAAAGCUGAAACACAGGCCAAGUAUGGGUGGUAAACCAGGUAUCAGGAAGAGGGUUUUUCUGGUAAGAGGGAUAUUGGUGUACGGUCCUCAUGCACAUUGCAUGGGAUGAUCCGUAUCACUGAUAGUUUAUUGGAAGAUGCGAAAGCUUUUUUAUAGCACAAUCUUUCAGCAGCUAUUUGAAUCCGUUGGUUUAUGGAUCUGUUUCGACAGUGCUAUCUCGAUGUAUCUCGAUCAUUCUCAAAUCCGGUUUGUCGCGCACGACGUUGUGAUUGUUACUCUG